AUGGCGGUGGAUCCUCAUAUGGCGGAGUUGAUGAGGGAUGCUGCGAAGGUCGACGUUGAGGCUUUCGCACGCGAGGAUCUAGACGAAGAGGCCCAGCGAGUCAACACCAACCUGUACUAUAUCCUUGUACUGACGUGUGAGGACAAGGCUCAGGGCAUCGUGAAGAGCGUUCCCUCAGGAGAAGGCCUAGAGGCCUGGCGACUACUGUGUCUGGAGUUCGAGCCGAAGGUGCCGUCGAGGUUCUCAGGUAUGUUAGACUCGAUACUGUAUCCGAAUGUGCAGGAGAACGAUCCGAUCAAAGGCAUCGUAUCGUGGGAGACGUUGGUUCAGAGAUAUGAAGAGCAGACAGGAGAGAAGGUCAUGGAGUCGAUCAAGAAGUCUGUUCUCAGUACGCGGUUAGUGCCGUCAAAGCUUCGAGAACAUAUCAUGCUGAAUGCUACGAGGUUCACGACAUACGCGUUGGUACGAGCUGAGGUGUUGAACUACUUGAGGUCGAAGCAGGCGGCGAUGGCACUAAGUGGACCUGCGCCUAUGGAUCUGGAUGCGCUCACAUUCGCCAAGUUCGGCAAGGACUCGAAAGGCAGGCGCGGCAAAGACAAGAACAAGGGCAAGGGCUACGACCAGAGUGCGAUGCAGCCUUGCAAGUAUUGCGGCAAGACAGGUCACAAGCUCAUGGAGUGCAGGAAGGCCACACAGGACAUGAAGGACGGACAGAUUACGAAGGGUGAAUUGCGAAAGAUCAGCAAGGGCAAGGGCAAGGGUAAGGACAAGAGCGACAAGACGAAGAGCACACCUGCGCCCGACAAGCCCAAGGAUCAAGGCAUGAAGUACUUAGGGUACGAUUACGACGCCGAGGAGGGCGACAUCUUCAUGCUGAAGGAGCACGAGACUGAGGAGCUAGAUCACAUUUCGAGUGUAGACCACACGGAGGUAGACGGAUACACUGUGAAUCUAGAGAGCAAGACGGAGCCCAAUCACAAUUUCAUCGAGAAUGACGAGAGCUACCUGAUUCCAAUAGAGUUCGAGAAUGACAACGACGGUAAGAUCGAGGUGAUGGUCGAUUCAUGUGCGGCACGGAGUGUUUGCCCACCUGGUUUCGCACCAAGAAUACCACGAGAAGAAGCGGACGCACCACCACUACGACAGGCAGAUGGUACUAAGAUGUACUCGAACGGCUGCAAGACGGUACAAAUGCAGGUGGCUGGGACUCGACAACCAAUUCGAGGGCAGUUCGAUGCGCGAGACGUUCGCAAGACGAUCGUUGCGGUUAGCGACCUGACGAAGGGAGCUCAAGGCGCAUGGUUCGACGACGGCGGUGGAGCAGUGGUCAAUCCGAAGAUCAGCCAGCGGAUCAAGGAGAUAAUCGAGUACGAACACGUGAACAAUCAGAGGAACAGACCACUGAGGAUCUCGAAGAGGCGUGGGGUCUACAGCUUCGACGUGGACGCGAGCACGCUAUGCCCCCUAGAGAGUGAUGAACCUGAACAAGCUCAGCAGCCGGCGGAGCAGGAGGAAGAGAUCGAGACAGACGAGGCGCGACUGCCGAAGGUCAAGAAGGAGAGGUACAAGCCCACAGCGGAGGAGAUAGCCAUCCACGAGAAGACUCACAUGCCGUUUCGGGACUGGUGCAAGUGGUGGUUUUGGGGCCGAGGCAAGGAAGAUGGUCACAAGAAGGCCGGCCCAGAGGAGGCGCCGACGAUCCCAGUCAUUAGCAUGGACUACUGCUUCGUGAACACCGGGCAGGAGACGGAGAUGGUCAACAUCCUGGUGAUGGUGCAGAAGCCUGAGGAUGCAGUUGCUUCCAUCAUGGUUAUCCACAAGGGACCCAGCGAGUACGUCAACUCAGCGGUGGAGUUCUACUUGGACGUUUGGGGAGCAGUGGGUAUCAUCCUGAAGGGCGACCAGGAGCCAUCACUACAAGCGGUGAUCACGGCGGUGAAGAACAGGAGGAAGCACAGCACGCAGGUGGAGAAGGCUCCCAAAGGUUCUCAUCAGAGCAACGGUGCGAUUGAGAAUGCGGUGGAGAGAGUGGAGUCGUUACUACGUACACUACACAGCGAGCUGGAAGUGAAGUUGGGUGUGAAGAUCGGACCCAAGAGUUUGAUCAUGCCGUGGUUUGUUAGGCACGUGGGGUACUUGCUCACCAGGUUCGCUAUCAUGACGGAUGGCAGGACAGCUUGGGAACGAUUGGGACGUGCGGAGUUCAAGUCAGAGCUCGGGAAGAUCGGAGAGACGAUCGACUACAGGAUGCAGGCUAAGGACUACUCCAAGCUGGAACCUAGGCGGGGCGAAGGUAUCUUCUUGGGCAGGCGCGACGAGAGCGACGAGAUCAUCGCAGGUACGUCGAGUGGCAUCGAGCACGCCAGGACGACGAAGGUCAGGGCCACGGAGGACAAGCACAACAAGGAGGUCUACAACACGUUCAUAGGAGUGCCGUGGAAUCCCAGGGGCUUGGAGGUGAAGGAUCAGAAUGAGGUGGUCAGGAGACGGAAGUACAUCGCGAAGGAGCUACAGAUCGAGCAGGACGCGGAGAUGACGGGUAGACGGGAAGAGGCGAUGGAGAUAGGCAUCAUCAUGUCGAUCACGAAGGAGGAGGACCGCCACGUCUGCGAGGAGUUGGGGCCGAGGGUGAACUACGACAAGCUGGUGGGUGACGGAGUCUACAGAGACGCGUGCACAGGCGAGGAAAUGUUGAAGGAGCUGGUCAACAACGGCAGGACGAAGGAGAUGAAAAGCAUGGAGGAGUUUGAGGUCUUUGAGUGGGUACCGGCACCUGUGCCGCUGGGUGUUCUGUCCGGGCACAAAAAAAUCUUUGAGUGGGUGCCACUUGAGGACUGGAUGAAGCCGUUCGACACCAAGUGGAUCGACAGCAAGAAGUACGACUUACAGAACAACGGGUGGAUCAUGAGGACGACCGAGUCGUGGAGGAAGAAGCUUGGUCUAUAUGACAUCUCAGUGGCGUUCUUUCACGCGUCGCUGAAGGAGCCCAAGUACUGCUGGCCACCAUCUGAACAGCGACGACCAGGGAUGCUCUGGAAGUUGCAGAAGGCGAUGUAUGCGACGCCAGAGGCGUCGAUGUUAUUUCAAGGAGAAGUUCGAGAUAAUUUCAGACAGAACGGGUACGAGGAGUUGAAGACGGUGUGCUGCCUGUACUACCAUCCUGGCAAGGACUCGCCCUGUGCUGGACACGGAGAUGAUUUUGUGGUGGGGGCGUACGACGAAGAGCUGGAUGAGUUCGAUAAGCUCAUGGCCAAUAGGUUCAAGGUCAAGCCUCAACCGAGAGUGGGACCAGGAGGAGCAGCUGAAGGUACGUUUCUCAACAGGACGGUGCUCUGGGGCGAGGAGGGCUUCGGCAUUCUACCAGACCCGAAGCUGAUCUUGAAGAUGGUGGAGUUGUACGAGCUGAAGGAGGCCAAGCCCGCAGAGACACCGAGUUCGAAGCGCACUGCCAAGGGAGUUCGAGAAGCUGAAGACCCAGUAGGACGACAGAGCUCUAUGUUGUACAGGAGUUGCGGUGGCAUCGCACAGUAUAUGGCUGGGGAUCGCUGGGAUAUUCAGGAAGCAGUUCGAGAGCAGAGUUGUUCGUGCAAUGACCCGCGGGCGAGGCACAUGCUCAAGCAGAAGCGUGUGGUCAGGUGUCUGAAGGGCGCGGCCGACGUCGUGAUAUUCUACCCGUACCAGCAGGAGACGUUCAAAGUGACGGCGUCGGUGGACGCGGACUGGGCAGGUCUCACCAUCGAGCACGCGUUGCAGGAGAUGGCGCAGAUGAGGAGCGAGGAGGUCAAGAUCACUCUGGAGUUGGAGACGGACCCAGCAGCGGCGAAGGGCAUGAUCCACAGACAUGGAGUCGGACGAGUACGACAUCUACAGACGAGGUGGACCAGGCAUCAAGAUCUGGUACGAGACGGAGACAUGGAGGUGGUGCAGGUCAAUACGAAGGACCAAGUGGCAGACAUAGGAACGAAACCGAUGGACAAGGACACGCUCAGGAGACACAUGGAGACGCUGGGUUUGAUCUCAAUCAAAGCGGCGAGUUUCAAAGACCCAGAAGUGCUCGCGAAGGUUUUGGCGGUGAUGACGGCCAUGUCGGGCGCAGAGGCGACACGCGAUUACUACUGCGAGGAUGGUUUCAGAACCAAUGUGAACAUGAAGAGCGAGUUUCACUGGUGGGGUUUCGUUACAAACUUGGUGGUUGCGAUUGUGGCAGUGGUUUUCAGUUACUACGUGUUCGUGGUGAAGGCGAAGCAGGACAGGGUUGUGGGUCAAUCUUUAGAGACACAAGUGAGUGCACGCGCCCUGGACAACCAGUACGAGAUACCGUUUGGGUUGAGCUAUGCUGGCGUGUUCAGAAGAUAUGCGACGGAGAUUGAUCACCUCCCGAGGGGCGUGUCUGCUGUCAUGGAGCGAUUGCGCCAGCAGGGCUCAGAACACUUGGUGAGUUCGGAGAAACAGGCGGCGCCCAGCUCGCACGAAGACGGUUUGGCCGCCAGCGCGGCGACCAUCGUGCAGGUGGCCUUCAGGAUAGCCGCCGUCAUGCGGCGCAUGGGCUUCGCCACCGCGAGGGACAGUGACUUGACGCUCACCGUGGGCGCUUUCGGCCUGUUCGACACCAACAUCGCCUUCAACGACGUCGAUAUUCUGAACAAGUGGAUGCAGUACGACUCCGUGGUGACCAUACCAGGGGAGUACCUGAUCCUGACGCGGAUGGUGCAGACGCUCGGGGGCCUGUCCCGCAGGAGACGGAGAGCGGCGGAUGCAGCAAUCCGCCGUGCGCACCGCGCGGCCUGCGUGCUCUCCGCGUCGCUCGGGCCGUUGUCGCGGGCGCCGGCGGAGGUGCCGCCCGCGGUGCGCAGGGCGGCCCACCUACCGGCGGCGGCGGGCGCGCUGAUGGCCGGCAGGGUUCUCCUCGGCUGCUUGGGCGAGCCUCCCUCGCACUUCGCGGCGGCGGUGGUGCAGUGCGUCGACGGCUUCGAGGUCCUCGUCGGGGCGCUGUCGAGGCCCUUCCCCGCCGAGUUCCUGGGCCUCGUGGGCGAGUUUUCGGUGCUCGGCCGUGGCAUGGCGUUCUUCGGCCGCUUCCUGGGCUUCGAGGGCGCGUGUUCAAGGGCUUCGAUUUCGAGUUCUCCACCUUUUGCGUUCCGCACGAAGGUGGGCCCCGUCAGCGACUUGGGCGUUGAGGUCGGGACCACGGAAGCCUUCGGCGCCGUCGCUCCUAGGCCUGGCCCGCUCUACGGGGGCCCUGCGGUGCCUGUUGCGAGCUCUGGCCCGCUUCUCGGGGAGCGCGCUCGAGGACGUGGCCCGCUCUGCGGGGGUCCUGCAGCACCUGGCGCGAGCCCUGGCCCGCUUCUCGGGGAGCGCGUGAGUGGACCUGGCCCGCUCCACGGGGGUCCUGCAGCACAUGGUACGAGCCCUGGCCCGCUUCUCGGGGAGCGCGUGAGUGGACCUGGCCCGCUCUACGGGGGUCCUGCAGUACCUAGCGCGAGCUCUGGCCCGCUUCUCGGGGAGCUUAUAUGCGUGGGCCUGGCCCGCUCCACGGGGGUCCUGCUGUACCCGGCGCGAGCUCUGGCCCGCUUCUCUGGGAGCUCGCGCGAGGACCUGGCCCGCGGGACCAAGUCCAGCGGCGAGUUUGCCGUGACCGGUGUUCCCUUGGAGCUGCCGCUGUAG